UCCGUCCCUCUUUACCCGGGCUUCGGACCGGCGAGAAAACUUGUAAGCUAGUAGCCUUGCAAGCUACUAUCUGGCGAGGUGUGUUUUACUGCAUCAGUAUUGUUUAAUGGAAAAACCUUGGUGGGUGAAAGAUGAUUGGCGACUGUAUGUAUUAAGCCGCGCUGUGAGAAAGUUUCCUGACACAUUCACUUUCCGGCGCGAUCUGGAUUUGUUUGGUCGUCGUUAACGUACUAUGUCUUUUGAUCGUCGCAUAUCUAUGGAUAUCGCACCUCUUGCUGAUUGGAAAUAUUGUUCCUCUGAAGAGAAAACGGUGGUUGUGUUGGUUGGCCUGCCAGCGCGAGGAAAGUCGUAUAUAUCCACAAAGCUUUCUCGUUAUUUAAACUGGGUUGGCAUAAAUACUAGAGUCUUUAAUGUAGGAGCUUAUCGAAGACGCCAUAUGAAAACCUGCAAUGACCACACUUAUUUUUCUGACGACAACAAUGAGGGGGUUGCUGUUAGACAAAAGAUUGCAUCAGAAGCUCUUGAUGAUCUGUUAUCUUGGCUAACAUCAGAAGUCGGUGAAAUAGCUGUUUUCGAUGCAACGAACACCACACGACAGCGUCGUUUAUGGAUAAUGGAACGGUGCAAAGCUCAUAAUCUUCAAGUCAUAUUCGUUGAAUCAAUUUGUAAAGAUAAAAAGCUAAUUCAAGAGAACGUUUUGGAAGUAAAAGUCAAUAGCCCAGAUUAUGAAAGCAUGGAUAAAGAGGAAGCACUAAGAGAUUUUCUUAAGCGGAUUGAGCACUACGAAAAGCGUUAUGAAUCGAUUGAUGAUGAUUUAGACAAAGAUUGGUCGUAUAUUAAAAUAUUUGAUCAAGGAAAACGAUACUUAGCGAACCGUAUUGAAGGUAAUAUUAACAGUCGAAUUGUAUAUUACCUGAUGAAUAUUCGUGUCAACAAACGCACAAUUUACCUCACUCGACAUGGUGAAACAGAUCUCAACCUUCAAGGACGUAUUGGUGGAGAUGGAUCGCUUUCUGAAAGGGGGAAACUAUAUGGGCAAAAACUUGCAGUUUUUAUGGAACAAGAAAAAUUACAAAAUCUUAAAGUGUGGACAAGUUAUUUCAAGCGUACCAUUCAGACAGCUGAUAAGAUUAAAUGUUCUCAAAUACGUUACUGGAAAGCCUUAGAUGAGUUAGAUGCAGGAGUUUGUGACGGAAUGACGUAUGAUGAAAUCCAAGAAAAAUAUCCUGAUGACUUUGCCCGACGUGAUGCUAACAAAUAUCAUUAUCGUUAUCCUAUGGGAGAGUCAUAUCAUGAUUUGGUCACGCGUUUAGAACCCGUAAUUAUGGAGCUAGAACGGCAAACGUCAGUACUAGUCAUCUGUCAUCAGGCUGUAGCACGUUGUCUUUUGGCGUAUUUUGAAGAUAAGGACAAAGUUAUUACUCGAAUUCCUGUUGCAAAUUACCCUCAUCCUUUAUAUAGGUUGAAGCUAUCGGUAAACUUUUGUCAGAUAACCAGAAAUAUUCAAGUUGAUUGGCUAGGCAAGAUAGACAGUCAGCUUAUCACUAUCAUCUGCGUUUUCUCCGGAUUAGACCAAUCUGAACUUAGAGAUGAAAUUAAGCUGAACAGUUGUUUUGUGAUUAUUUCGGGACAUUCGUGUAUAUCACACAUUGUACUUUUGAUGUGAGGACAAAAAUUACGAGGCAGUUACUGAUGAAUUUCAGCUCAGUUAGUUUACCAGUGGUAGUUAACCACGAGUUUUCUUGUCGUUACAUUUAUUUUUCUUCAACUUCAAUUUGUUAUGAGACAGCUUACCAAUAGUUUAAAGUUUUCUUGUUGAAUUCAGCUUCUAAAGCAGGGUGGUGAUUUCAUUGUUUUGCAUUUUAACCUUAAUGUCAUUCAAACUUUCAGUUCAUUCUUCUCAUGUGGCGUUUUCUCAAUAUCUCACCCAUUUGUCUACUAUUACUCUUAAUUUUGAAGUUCAUUUAACAAUUACUUUUGUGAUGAGAUUGUUUGAAAUACGUUUUACAAUACACUGUACAGUUCAGAAUUUCUCGUUGUUUUGUCAAUAUCCAUCAGUUGAACUGAUUGUUUCACAAAGGAGUCUGUCGUAAAUCAUGAUAUUAUUGGAUUCUUGAGACGUGUUAUGCAUAUGGAUCCACCUUUGAUAAUAAAAAACUGUAUUAUUUGAGGUCAUAUUAAAUUCCAAGAGAAUCAGAAGUUACUGGUCGUAGAAAUUUAUUGUUCAUUCUUAUUAUUUUAAUCGUCCAACAGUCGUCAUUUGUCUGAAGAUUACCGGCAAGAUUCAACUCACCAUCUUCGAUUGUCCUUAUUCUACCAUUUUGUUUUUCAGUGUUAUAUUUUCUUUCUUCAAACAGAUGAACUACCAUACAUUCGUGUACCUUUGCAUACAGUUUUCAAGCUAACACCAACAGCAUAUCGUUGUAUAGUUGAACGAGUGGAACUCAAUGUACCUGCAGUGGAAACACACAGAGAAAAUCCACAGCUUGUCAAACUACAGCAUACCUCAUUUGAAGCAAUGAAAACUGUGCCAGCCCAAUACUAAUUUUGGUUCUCAGGGAUCAUGUUUUAUGCAAACUAUCUUUUGUGAAGUGUGUCCUACCUACCCUUAACUUUUUUUGGUUAAUUUCUAUGCUUCAACCACCUUUUUUGUUUGUUUGUUUUUUCAUAUGAUUAUUUGUGUAUUUCUGUCUUACUUAGCUACAAUGAUAUGAAUAUUAUUUAAUAACUUCUAUCAUGGUAUGCACUUAUUUACUUUUAGUAUCGAUUAAAUCAGUUAUUUACCGUGUACUAAUUUGAUUACUAUCUACUUAAUUUCUUGCCUUAUGUGUACUUUCUUCUGUAUAAACCACACCAAAAAUGUAUCAACGUAUCUUUUUAAAAAGACGUAUUAACAAGUGAA